GAGGAAGGAAUUCUUCACAGGACCGUGAAGGCACCAUUGCUGUCACUCUCCGCUUGCCUGUGAAAAUGGCUGCUGCUGUUGUUGUCCGAAGGUUAGCGGCUCUGUCAGGGGCUUCGGCAGUGGCAGCGGGGGCGUACGGGGCUCACGGUUUCAAAAACAGUGACCCUGAUGACUACCAGAGAGUGCUAUUUGAAACUGCCAACAAGUACCAUUUCUACCACAGCCUGGCCCUGCUGGGUGCUGCCCACUCUAAAAAGCCUGCUGUGGCUGGCACCCUGCUGAUAGCAGGCAUGGGGAUGUUCUGUGGCUCCCUGUAUCACCAGGCCAUGACCGGGGACCCUGGCCUUCGAAAGGCGGCUCCCAUCGGGGGCAUGGCCAUGAUCGUCGGCUGGCUGGCUCUGAUUCUCUGAGCCGUGACCGCCGGCCCCCCUUCAGCAGGGCCCCUACGCGGCGCUAAACGGGCAGGCGUUCAAUGGAGGAGCUGGAGAGCUUGUGAGAGUUGGCUGAGGGUUUUGUCACUCAUCGACGCCACGCCCUGUGGAGGGUGUUCGCAGGAGAUAAAGUCACAACAGGAUUAACUCUUUUCUUUUGUCUGUUUGUGACAGAGUUUAAACUCAAUGGUGUAAAGGUGUAAAAUUUCUUAUGGCAGGUCCAUUGUCUUCUAGGAAGGAAACACAAUCUUGUGGUUUAUUUGCUUUUGCUAAAUUGCCUCUUACUGCAGUAAAUGCCGUUUCUACAUUUUAUGUAUGGGAAAAGAAAUUAUGUAGGGGAAAGGAAUGUGAAGGAUUUACAAAUGAAAUAUAUAUAAAAAAAAAAUCCUCUA